UCAGUGAGACGCAAGGAAGCUAUUGACUGGAAUCAGAGGUUUCAAGGAAGAGCUACAUUUGGUAAAUUCAUACAUCUUCCAAGAAUAACGUUGGGGAUGGCGGACGAAAUCAUAAAGGAUGCGGAUAAAAUAUCCCUUGGGGAGCUCUAUGUCUCUGAUAAAGAAGGAAAUGAUACAGAAGGAGAUGGAACUGAGCAGAAGCCAUUUAAAACUCCCCUUAAGGCUUUGCUGUUUGCAGGAAAAGAGCCCUUCCCAACUAUUUAUGUCGACUCUCAGAAAGAAGGGGAGCGUUGGGCUGUGAUCUCAAAGACUCAGUUGAAGAACACAAAAAAGCUAUGGCAAAGGGAGCAGAUGAAAAGUGAUGCCAAAGAGAAAAAAGAGGCUGAAGAUGCCGAGCGGAGGGAAAAGAACCUGGAGGAAGCGAAAAAGGUGGUGAUCGAGAACGACCCCAGCCUUCCAGAGCCCAAAAUGGCUAAAAUUCGUGAGCUGGAGGCCUUGAGAGAGCAGCGUGUAAAGGUGUUUGGCUGGGUCCACAGGUUACGCAGGCAAGGGAAAAACCUGCUGUUUAUUGUUUUAAGGGAUGGAACUGGUUUCCUUCAGUGUGUCCUCACUGAUAAACUGUGCCAGUGCUACAAUGCCUUGGUCUUGUCCACCGAAAGCACCGUGGCUCUCUAUGGCAUGGUGACACCUGUACCUGAAGGAAAGCAAGCCCCUGGUGGACAUGAACUGCAUUGUGAUUACUGGGAGCUGGUUGGCCUGGCCCCAGCAGGGGGCGCUGAUAAUCUGCUGAAUGAGGAGUCUGAUGUGGAUGUACAGCUUAAUAACAGGCACAUGCUUAUCCGUGGUGAGAAUGUGUCCAAGAUCCUCAAAAUCCGUUCUACCGUCACCCAGUGUUUUAGGGACCACUUCUUCAGUCGAGGAUACUAUGAGAUCACUCCACCCACUUUGGUGCAGACUCAGGUGGAGGGUGGCUCCACUCUCUUUAAUCUCAACUACUUUGGGGAGCAGGCUUAUCUGACUCAGUCCUCCCAGCUCUACCUGGAGACCUGCAUCCCAUCAUUGGGAGACACCUUCUGCAUCGCCCAGUCUUACCGUGCUGAGCAGUCCCGCACCCGCAGACACCUGUCUGAGUACACCCACAUUGAGGCAGAGUGUCCCUUUAUGACAUUUGAGGACCUGCUGAACCGACUGGAGGAUUUGGUGUGUGAUGUGGUGGACAGGGUGCUUAAAUCUCCUGUCGCCCCCUUGCUCUAUGACCUCAACCCUGGAUUCAAGCCCCCUAAGAGGCCAUUCAAGAGGAUGAAUUACACUGAUGCCAUCCAGUGGCUGAAGGAACAUGACAUUAAAAAAGAUGAUGGGACUUAUUAUGAGUUUGGGGAGGACAUUCCAGAAGCCCCUGAGAGACUGAUGACUGACUCCAUUAAUGAGACCAUUCUCUUGUGUCGUUUUCCUGCCGAGAUCAAGUCAUUCUACAUGCAGCGCUGCCCUGAAGACCGCCGUCUCACUGAGUCGGUUGAUGUGCUGAUGCCCAACGUUGGAGAGAUUGUUGGAGGGUCAAUGCGUAUCUGGGAUGCCGAAGAGCUCCUGGAUGGAUACAAGAGAGAGGGCAUUGACCCAACCCCCUACUACUGGUACACAGACCAGAGAAAGUACGGCACAUGUCCUCAUGGUGGUUAUGGUCUUGGCCUGGAGCGUUUCCUCACCUGGUUGCUGAACAGGCAUCACAUCCGAGACGUGUGUCUAUAUCCACGCUUUAUCCAGCGCUGUCGUCCAUAAACCAACCCUCACCACCUUCCCGUCCAGCCGACCUGAAAAGCCUCUCCAAGAUAACACAUCGGGAUCAAAUAAAAUAACUCACUCAAUGCAUAAAGAUUUUAAAACCUAAAAUAUAAACGGUAAAAUGCUGUUGCACAUUGAACUAUUAACUCACACUCACAUUAUCCCUCUGUUCAUUGCAUAACGUCUGAUAAUGAAUUUCUCUCUGUG